AUGGAUGAGACUUUCUUCGAUCUCAUGGAUUUCCUCAGGAAACCCUCUGUUACUGAGACAUUUGUCGACAUCUUGCUCUGUGCAGUCCCGAUUUGGCUCGCCGUCAUGAUCGGCCUCUUGAUCGGUUGGUCUUGGCGUCCUAGGUGGACCGGUUUGGUCUACCUAGGGUUCCGUUCCAAGCUCCGGUUUCUCUGGACCGCUCCGCCCGGGUUUGGCGCUCGGCGGCUCUGGCUCGCUUUCACCGCUCUAUCGGCUUUCUCUGUCUGCCGAACCAUCUGGUCGCGGCUCGGCUCGAGGGCCAACAAAUCCGUCGGUGGUCCGGCUUCUACUCCGGCUACUGUCGAGGAUGCUCUUCCAAUUGAUGGUCCAGGAAUAGUUUCGAGGCGUAGUGAUGAAAGUGCGGAGAAUGAGCAAGACGUUGUUACAGAGAAUGAUUUGGAGCAUCUGCUGAAUCUGCUUGAAGUCAGGAAUGUAGAUAGGGAAUGGCAAUCCAUGAUGGAAAAAAACACUGGGAAUAUGAGCUACCAGGCUUGGCGUCAUGAACCCGAGACAGGUCCUGUAGUUUACCGCAGCCGGACAGUUUUUGAGGAUGCAACUCCGGAGAUUGUAAGGGAUUUCUUUUGGGACGACGAAUUCCGGCCUAAAUGGGAUCCUAUGCUUUCAUACUUCAAAACUUUGGAAGAGGACCCUCAGUCUGGAGCCAUAAUUGUUCACUGGAUUAAAAAGUUUCCAUUUUUCUGUAGUGACAGGGAAUAUAUCAUUGGUCGGAGAAUAUGGGAGGCUGGGAAUACAUAUUACUGCGUGACAAAGGGUAUACCAUAUCCAGCUCUGCCGAAAAGGGCUAAGCCAAGGCGCAUUGAGCUUUAUUUCUCUAGUUGGGUGAUAAGAGCAGUUGAAUCCCGGAAAAGGGAUGGGCAGAAAACGGCCUGCGAAGUCAUGCUCGUCCACUACGAAGACAUGGGAAUCCCGAAAGACGUAGCGAAGUUAGGCGUCCGUCACGGAAUGUGGGGAGCGGUCAAGAAGCUAAACUCGGGCUUACGAGCCUACCAGAACGCAAGAAAAACAGGCAGUUACCUGUCCCGAAUGGCCGAGAUAGCAGGAAUCACGACCAAACUGAACGCGGAUUCGGUGGAGACAUCUUUAAGAGAUGAAGACAAGACACGAGUUCUGGAUGAAGAGGCGAGAAGACAGAGAGAUCAGUUAAGGGUUGAUUGGAAAUGGAUUGCAAUAGGAGGUUUGGCUCUUGCUUGUGGGCUUCAUUCAGGCGCCAUUGGAAAGGCAUUGCUUGCAGGAGCAGGCCAGAGACUGGCUCGUAGGUGAAGAGGAGAAGAUUCAUAUGAUAUAUUCUUAUAUAUCUUUAUAUUAUGUAUAUGCAUAUGGAAGUUCAUAUCUCCGGAAAUAUGUUGAGAAGGGGCAUUUGUUGAGGCUAUGUUAUGUGUAUGAACUAUGAAGCAAGAGCUCUCACUUUUGUCUUGUUAUGAGUUGGAAUUGACUCCAA